AUGCACCACUUGUACAAUUUCCGCGGAUAUCCUGAGCCGGGAUCUCAGCCCAUCGAGGAUUGGCCAUGCACCGUUCGUAAAGCCACGGAUCUUCUCAAGGCGUGGUAUGAUAGUGACAAACCCUUCUUCACAAAGAAGGAUCUGAAGAGCGUCUCGAACCAGCUCAAUCGCCGGUACAACACUCGGAGACAGAACAACUCUCAGAAGCAAUUGAUCACUGUCAAAGGUCUCAGUGGAUCAAACCUUUCUUAUGAAGUUUUGACCGGUCAGGUUCUCACCGGUAAGGGGUAUAACCAAGAGUGGGAAAUCCAACGACCAAAGAUUCGUUACCUCUGCUAUGAGCAACUCACAUCGUCAGUGGAGUCAGGGCGUAUUGGAUUGGAAGAGGCCUUCUUCCCAUUGCAGAUUGAGCAUUUCAUGCUCAAACGCGCGAGUGACACUAAGCUUCCUGUUCUCUCUGACUGCAUUGAGAACCCCGUGCCUGUAGAUGAGUUUCUACAAAGUACUCUGAAGUCCUGGAAGCAGUCUCCCGAAUGGGUAAAUCUCGAGGCCCUUCUCAAACUAGUCGCCACUCACAAAAUCACAAAGGUUGUUGGAAUUGCAUCGGGAUCGAUGGAGUUUGGACCCGACGACGAAGACUGCACCAUGCGCAGCGCCGUGCAGCAUUCCCUCAUGAUCUCGAUCAAGGAAUCAAUUGAAGAGAAGACCGACCAGCAAAUCCGAUGCUAUGCUCAAGAUCCCCGCUACACCUCCGCCGACAGCAGGGCUCUUGCUCAAUAUGGUUGCGAAGUUCUGGAAGACCCCCAAGCUUUGCUUGAAAUUGAUGAUGACUGUGUUCUGUUUUCCUGCUGCCCAUCUCUCCCAGUGAAGGAGAUUACUGCUGACUUUGCUCGUCCCGCCAUGCUUGUUUGGGAUUCAUUUGAUAAUGACCGGGGGCGUAGGUGUCAUAACCCGGACUCCGCCCGCGUACUGAACAUGAUCGAUAACGAGUACGACUACUAUGAGUUUUGGGACAUGCAUGAGUUUGAAGAAGCUCCCUUCACGUCCCACCUUGUUGCUUACAUCCGCCGUAAGGUGGAGUAA